AUGCUGAUAUCUCAGAACCCUGGGGUUAGCCCUGGGUAUAGCAACUUCCUCAGUGGCUGGUCUUACUGUGGCAAGACUAUUAACGAGCCAGUCGUCACAAUCGGCCCAACUAAGACAACACCUAUAAACAACCGAGAUGCGUUUGACUUUAUGGAGAAGGGUAUGUCGUAUUCCAACGUCCUUUCCAAGAACGGCAUCACGCUAAAGCAACUCGCGGCUUGGGACCCUUCCGUCAAGGAUAACUGCAGCGGACAUGAUAAGGGAGGUACUACUCUGAAGCCAACCACUACAACUACCUCGAAGACAAGUCCUACCAAUGGCGUCGAGACACCAUCACCAGCACAACCAGAUAUAGUCAAGGACUACAACAAUUUCGAUUUCGUUCAAAAGGGACAAAACUGUGACGCUCUCGCCAAAGCCAACUAA